AUGAUUCUUUAUAAAUAUAAUGCUCAUAUACAAGAACAGCAAAAAGAGCAUAAAAUAAAAGACACAAUUCUUCUAAACUUUUUUAAAUUAAAUCUUAAAGGAUUAAACCUAUAUAUCAAUACUUUACAACAAGUUUAUAAAAAUUCUUUAUUAAAUAGUUAUUUAACUAAUAAUAUUAUUCCAAUUGUAGCUGAUUGGUCUGAGCAAGUGUUUACACAACAAGCCAUUACUUUUUACUUGCAAAACUAUGCUGAUAAUAAUAGUCUACAAGAUCAGCAGAUAGUAGACAAAGAUGACAUAUUGGAAGUGCUUCAAAAAAAUCAGCUAGCUUUACCAAUAAUAGAUUAA